AUGCAGAAAAUAGUUAUCCAAGUGCGCAUGGAGAAUGACAAAUGCAGAAGCAAGGCAAUGAAAAUUGCUGCUGCGUCUCAAGGUGUGCAUUCAGUGGCAUUAGAGGGUGAAGACAGAGAUCAAGUGGUGGUGACUGGAGAUGCAAUUGAUUCGGUUUGCUUGACUAAUAAAUUAAGAAAGAAGUUCAAAUAUGCAACUCUUAUGAGUGUGACAGACGAAAACGAGGAUGGUGAUGCUGGAGGGGAACAGAAAGAUCAAAUCACUAUAGAGAAAAUCUUUCCAAUACCUUAUUGUUAUUCAAAUUUUCCUCCACCCAGUCAUUUAUAUGUAGUGGAUUAUGAUUCAUACCCCAAUGCUUGCUCCAUUCUCUAA